CUCCUCCUCCUCGCACUCUCUGCACCUUGUUAUUAAUCUCUAAAGCGAUAGCGCCCGGACUCCUCUCCCCGGCCCUCGGGGUUGUGAGCGUGUGUGAAUUAGAGCGAAGGCACCGAAAGCUCGCGUCUCUCUUCUCUCCCUGUCUUUCUCUCUCUGCUCGGCCCCGGCCUCGGCAACCACCCGGCUCGGCAGCAACCCCCGCAGCGGCGGCAGCCUCAGCGCCAGAAGGCCAAGGCCAAGGGCGGGCUCCGCGAGGCUCUCGCAGCAGCGGCAGCCGCGUCUCCGGCGACCGCGGGCCCUCUCCUGCGCGCCCGGGUCGCCUAGGUCCGGCGCGGCGCGGCCCGCGUUCCCCUUCCCCGCCCCCUGAUCCGUCUGCUCUGCGCUCCCUUCGGCAGCCCUCCGCCGCCUCGGUGGUUCCUCAGGCGGCCCGGCCCGGCCCGCCCGCCCCGCGUCCCCUCCGGCCGGUGCCUCUCCCCCCGGCGGGCUGCCUGCAUGUCUUUACUGCCCUCAGCCCCGCCGCCACCGCCGCCGCCGCCUCCCCCCCUGCCGCCGCAGCCCCAGCAGCAGCCGCCCUGCCGCCGCCGCCGUCGCCGCCGCCCGGACCCUGGCGCGCUGAAUGCAGACUAAUAGGGAUGCCAAAGGAAAAAUAUGACCCUCCAGAUCCUCGCAGAAUUUACACCAUCAUGUCAGCAGAGGAGGUAGCCAAUGGGAAAAAAUCUCACUGGGCAGAAUUAGAAAUCUCGGGUAGAGUGCGGAGCUUAAGUACAUCACUCUGGUCAUUGACACACUUGACAGCACUGCACCUAAAUGACAAUAACCUUGCUCGCAUUCCACCUGACAUUGCCAAGCUUCAUAAUCUGGUUUACCUGGAUCUGUCGUCCAAUAAACUCAGAAGUUUACCAGCAGAACUAGGAAACAUGGUGUCUCUCAGGGAAUUGCUUUUAAAUGACAAUUAUUUACGGGUUUUGCCUUAUGAACUUGGCCGGCUCUUCCAGCUACAAACUCUAGGUUUAACAGGCAAUCCUUUAUCACAGGAUAUUAUGAGCUUAUACCAGGACCCAGAUGGAACCCGAAAGCUACUGAACUUCAUGCUUGACAAUCUUGCAGUUCAUCCAGAGCAGCUUCCUCCGAGGCCAUGGAUUACAUUAAAAGAACGAGACCAAAUUCUGCCAUCAGCAUCGUUCACGGUCAUGUGUUACAAUGUGUUAUGUGAUAAAUAUGCUACCCGGCAGCUCUAUGGCUAUUGUCCAUCCUGGGCAUUAAACUGGGAGUACAGGAAGAAGGGAAUUAUGGAAGAGAUCGUUAACUGGGACGCAGAUAUCAUUAGUCUUCAGGAAGUGGAAACAGAGCAAUACUUUACUCUCUUUCUGCCAGCAUUGAAGGAUCGUGGAUAUGAUGGAUUUUUUUCUCCAAAGUCACGUGCCAAAAUCAUGUCUGAGCAGGAAAGAAAGCAUGUGGAUGGUUGUGCAAUAUUCUUCAAAACAGAAAAAUUUACAUUGGUGCAGAAGCAUACAGUGGAAUUCAACCAGGUAGCAAUGGCAAAUUCAGAUGGAUCCGAAGCAAUGCUAAACAGAGUAAUGACAAAAGAUAAUAUUGGUGUUGCUGUGGUGUUAGAGGUCCACAAAGAACUCUUUGGAACAGGUAUGAAGCCUAUUCAUGCUGCAGACAAACAGCUGCUUAUAGUGGCAAAUGCCCACAUGCAUUGGGACCCAGAGUAUUCUGAUGUGAAGCUUAUUCAGACCAUGAUGUUUGUCUCAGAGGUUAAAAACAUUCUGGAGAAAGCCUCAAGUAGGCCUGGCAGCCCAACUGCAGAUCCCAAUUCCAUCCCGCUGGUGCUAUGUGCAGAUCUUAACUCAUUGCCAGAUUCAGGUGUUGUGGAAUAUUUAAGCAACGGAGGAGUAGCAGACAACCAUAAAGACUUCAAGGAACUAAGGUACAAUGAGUGUCUUAUGAACUUCAGCUGUAGUGGAAAGAACGGAAGCUCAGAAGGGAGAAUCACACAUGGCUUCCAACUUAAGAGCGCCUAUGAAAAUAACUUGAUGCCUUAUACCAAUUACACCUUUGAUUUCAAAGGCGUGAUUGACUACAUUUUCUAUUCCAAGACUCAUAUGAACGUGCUUGGUGUCCUGGGGCCUUUAGAUCCUCAAUGGCUGGUUGAGAACAACAUCACUGGGUGUCCACACCCUCACAUCCCUUCAGACCACUUCUCACUGUUAACACAACUUGAACUCCACCCUCCACUCCUGCCUCUUGUCAACGGUGUUCACUUGCCUAAUCGGAGGUAGUGGAGUACAGCCCCGCAGAGUCGGGGAUCUGGCUAUGGACCUGUACAGUUGUAAAUCAAAGUAUGUAGGAGUGAAGUAUGGCCAUCUUUAACGCUGCUUCUUCAGGUUCCUUUCACUAUGUGUUUGCUGUAAGACUUUGUAUAUUUUUGUGCAUACUGAUAUCAUUUGGCACUAGGGCUGGAACCAAAGUAUUACUGUCUGUCUCUAUCCAAAAGCUUAAUAUACUGUAAAAUUGGAUUUAUUUUCCUAUUGUAUUAGGAACCAACAUUCACAACUGAUAAAUCACUAAUUUGAGACCCCCACACUAAUGUUGUUCUCUAAAAGCAAAUACAUUCUUUUGAAUGUUUUCAAAUAAGCCAAUCAUUUUUGUAAAAAGUGAUUUUUAAAAACUCCAAAUACAAGAUUUUCAAUUGAAUGAUGGUAUGCCUUAUAGGAAAAACUUUGAGUUUCUGUUUUCUUUCAUAACAAGCUGAUUUUUGGCUCUCAAGUCAUUUGCACAUUAACAAAGCACUUAAAUUUGCUUGAUUUGUACAUUAAAUACGAUAUAGCCACUAGCCCUAACAAGACAAUUUGAGAAAUGAAAGAUAAUUGCAUAACAUGCUUUAAAAUCAAGCAUAGGAUGUGACAGUUGGUUGGCCAGAUGCUGGCUGUUUUGUUUGAGGAAUCUUUCUUUUCUUUUCUCUAGUCUUUUCUUUUUUGUCUUACUAUUAGUCUUAAUCUUUUUAGAAGUAUUAACUCCAAGCCCAUCUCUCAAGUUCAUUGAUAAGGAAAUAGCAGAUAAUACUGCCAUACAUCUUGAAACUAAAAUUUGGUUUUUUUUAGUAUGCCCACAAAAUUAGUGUCUGGUAUUUUUCAUUUUUGUGCCCACCUUUUUUUUUUUUGUCUGGUUGUACUGGAAAAAUAUGAUCUAUAUCUUUACCACUACUGUUAAACAAAUUUAAAGAAAAUUGCUGAAUGAAAAGCCCCUGGACAGAGUUUCAGAAAGGGAAAGCCAGAUAAUAUUAUAUAUGUUUUCCAAAGUAAGUAAAUUUAUUUGUUGUUUUGGGUUUUUUUGUUUCAUUUUAAGGUAACAGUAGAAAGGAUUUUGAGGAAAGAACAGAUUUGGGGAAGUAAUUGAAAACCUUGGAUCAUUUUUUUCUGACUCUAGCUGCCAAAUGGCCAUCAUAUGCUUUUAAUCUUCGUUGCCAUUUGUCUAGAUUUGAAUUAAGCUACUGUUUUAUUCCCAAAGUUUGAUGCCUCUAGAUGUAUUGGAAACCCCCCACCAUUUGUUGUUGUUGGCCAGGAGGUGCCACUUGAAAAUCUUAAGAGGCAGAGAGCAUGAACACCAUUUUGUGGAGAGAAAAUUUGUUGGCAAAAUUAGAAAAUGUUAAUUAUGGCACAGUAACAUUGGAAAAGGUUGUGUCUGUGUUUUUAAGUUUUUCUUUAUUCUGCUUUUUUGCUGCUAUAAGAGUUUUCUGAAAUUUAUAUUUUAAACUUUUCAUGCACUUUACUGUUUCUAGUAUCAAAAUGUGAUAUUUUUAAUAAACAAGAAAUUUUCCAUUAUGUGAUGAAAUUUUAAAAGAAAAUAGCCUAUAUUUGUGUCUAAUAUAUAAAGUACAAGUCAAAUUUAAAUUAUUUAAUUAGUUUUAAAUAUAUACAAAUUGUCUCCUCUUUCAAACGUGACAACUUAGGCUGUUUUAUUAGUCUUAAACGAUACAUUUCCUGUGGUCAUUUUAUACUAAUUUCUUCCAUAGUUUACCGAUCAGGCUAUAUAAAAGAAUAUUUCCCCAAAGGGUAAUUUUAGUGGGGCGAGGGUGGUGGGAUGAUGUAGUAUCACACAGGACUGCAUCUGGAAGAGCUCUGUAAAGCCUAAACUCCCUUUUAAAAGUGCCUAGUGACAGAGGCGUCGUCAUCUAUUGUGAUUGGAAUGUCACUGUAGUUCAGCAAAGUUUGAUGUAAAUAAAAUAUUCUUUUAAAAAUGUUAAAGCACCUGAAUAAACAAACAAAAGAAACCCUUGAUGACAGAUUUUCCUCAGUGUUCAGGUAUCCCUUCUUAUAUACCUCAAGCAUCCAACAUCUAGCCAUGCAGAUUGAUUACCUGAAGCGCAUAGUACUGGAAAGUGGAAUAGCAUGAAAAACUUAACUUUGUGGACAUUACCUUUUUCUGUAAUCAGCUACUGUAUGUUUAGCUUUCGAUCUUUUGUUUCGGGUGGGUUUUCUGCUCUGGAGGUAAAUGCACUAACAGAACAUUCUUCUUCUUUCAUAGACGCAUGUUAAUUAGCAAUGUGAGCAAUAUUUCCUACCAUACUUCACUCCCAAUAUUUUUGAGAUGUUUGUAUAAAAUGAAAUUUAAAGUUCACUUAUGAUUGUAUAUGAACCACAGAGGAGCCCAUUUAUUAAUACAAAUCUUUUUUAAUAGUUAAAUGUGGAGGGGAAAAUAAAAAAAACAUUGGGAAACAUUGUAAACAGCUUAAGUUUAUUUUGUGUAUGAUCGAGGCACUCUGUUGCAAGAAGGAAGGUGUGUACUUGGGUCUCUCUGCUUCCAAAUGCACUCUUUCAAACCACCAUUAUCCUGUGUAUUUUAAUGUGGUUUUCGUAAAUGUUGGUAGUAGCUCUGUUGAAGUAGGUGAUUGUGUUUUGUUUUGGGUGGCACACACCUAGGGCAUGGUAUCCCAAAUUUCAUGUGCACGGUUUCCCUUUAGCCUCUUGCCCAAAUCUCACACACUGUUUCCCCUUGUUCCCUUUGUAAAAGGAGUGGUAUCUUGUUUUGAGCUGCCAGUUCAGAUGAUCAGAAAUGCUGCUGUCCUCAGCAUUGUCUUGUUAAAUGCAUGCCAUUUGGAACUUUGGCAGUGAGAAGCCCAAAGGACAAGGUGAAUGACAUGGUAUAUAUUCAAUAAAAGUGAAAUAUAUAUGCUCAUAUACUUUCUAGUUCUCAGAAUAAGUUAAUAAGCUUUACGCCUUUGGGCUGCUGCAUAUUUUAUCUGAUGAGAAAAUUUGGGCAUUUUUAGAUUGCUAUGUAUUUUUUUAAAUGUUAAAUAUGAUUUCUGGUAAUUGUCUUAAGAACUGGAGUGUUAAGUUUAUUAAAAUGGUGUUGUUUGAAGAAGGGGAAACUGCACUGUUUGCCAUUUCAAAAGUCAUACAAGUGCAUGUCAAGUCACCCACUGUCAAGCAUCAGUAUCCUCAUAGCUUUACACACUUUGAUGGGGAAUAUUGCAGCAUCCUCAGGACUGACAUCUGGAAAAGGCUCAAAUCACUUACUGCUCCUUGCUUGUUGACUUUGUUUUACAAUAUUGUGCCUGGUGUCAACUUUUAAGCAACAGCACUGCCUAAAAGCAAGCAGAGAACAGAAUCCCAGCACCAUUCUAUAGGCAACUUUUUAGAAUUCAGAUACAGUAAAUCUGUUAAAGAUUUAUGAUGUUUUAUGUAAAAAAUUUUGUACAACAUAGCUGAAUAUUUUUGUUUUGAUUUAUUUGAUGUAAGGCGUGUGAACAUUCAUUUGAAUAUCACAUGUUAAAGUCAGGUAUUGGCACAAUGGGUUCUGAGACCAGCUUCCCCACCCCCUCCCAUUUGCCUCGUUCUAAUCGCUUUCUUUUCAAAUUACGUUUCGGGUGUUCAUAGGCAGAUAUUUAAUUUUACUAAUAAGCAUCCUUUGUGAAUGUACUUUAAAAGCCACUAUGUUUUAAUGUUAAAGUUUGUGAAAUUAUGACACUUAUCCCCCUACCCCUUUUUUCUUUUUGUCUUAAAGUCACAAAUCACUGAGAAGGGAGAAAGUUAAAAUCUAUCCAAGACUCAUAUCACUUGAAUCUGUGGCAGAUUAUGUUAAAAUUGAGGGUGUGGCAUUAAAGCUAGAACAUGGACAAUAUUGUGCUGUUUAAAAAUUCUGUCUUCUGAGUAUGUCUUGUGAAUAGGUGAAAUUUUAAGUCUGUAUUGUACUCCUAAGAAUUCGUAAAAAUCACAAACACCACCUGUAUACUGAGUAACAAAUCACAAAGGGAAGGGAGAACAAAGGGACAAUAGGUUGAGUGUGCUCCUUCAAGGGGCCCCAGGAGCGUAGAAUGCCAUUUCUAACACAGGCUAAAUCUAGUGUUAAAAUUUCAUGUCAGCCUAACACUGAUUUAAAAUUUCAUCUUUCAUAUUCUUGAGUUUUUGAAAUAUUUUAAUAGUUUUGAAAAGUAUACUACUAACUGGUUUGUAGCUUCAGUCACAGAAAACAAAUUGUAUUUCAGUAAGGGUCCUGUAGCAAGCAAGAACUCUUUGUCACAUGUUCAAAGUAACAAACCUUUUUACUGAAAUGUGAGCUGUCAUGUUUGUAAGGUUGUUUUCUUCUCUCCCCCAUAAAACCCAAAGUAACACCUUU